GGAGUGGGACGAUCCGUUCGUCCGUUCGUCGGCCAGACGAGCAACGAUCCCCGGUACAUAGACAUGUCCUGUUCCAAGCUGACAAACCUUUUACGGCACGCCAGCCGUACUGAACCAGCGUUCCUCGCCUCAAACAGGAAAUAUGGCACUGACAAUAGGAUUGAAGCAAAGAAUCCUGUUGUGGAGAUGGAUGGUGACGAGAUGACCCGUAUUAUUUGGGCCAACAUUAAGGAAAAUCUCAUUUUCCCCUAUGUGAAGCUUGAUUGUAAAUACUAUGAUCUCGGACUGCCUCAUAGGGACGCGACUAACGACCAGGUCACAGUCGAUGCUGCCAAUGCAGUCAAGCAGUACAAUGUUGGCAUUAAGUGCGCCACAAUCACACCAGAUGAGGCUAGAGUUGAAGAAUUCAAGUUGAAAAAGAUGUGGCUUUCACCAAAUGGUACAAUUAGGAACAUCCUUGGUGGUACCGUAUUUCGAGAACCAAUUCUGUGUAAGAACAUUCCUAGAUUGGUGCCUGGCUGGACCGAGGCGAUAAUAAUUGGAAGGCACGCUCAUGGCGACCAAUACAAAGCUACUGAUUUUGUUGUUAAAGGACCCGGAAAGGUUGAAUUAGUGUACACGAGCACAUCAGGACAGGUUGAAACGAUGAAAGUGUUUGACUUCAAAGGUCCUGGCGUCGCCCUAGCGAUGUACAAUCUUGACGACUCCAUCGCUUCCUUUGCCCAUUCCAGCUUCCAGGUAGCCCUUCAGAAAAAGUGGCCUCUUUACCUAUCAACCAAAAAUACAAUCUUGAAAAAAUACGACGGCAGGUUUAAGGACAUAUUCCAGGAAAUUUAUGAAAAGGAUUAUAAGUCUGAAUUCGAGAAAAACAAGAUUUGGUAUGAGCAUAGGCUCAUUGACGAUAUGGUGGCACAGGCGCUCAAGUCUAAAGGUGGAUUCGUAUGGUCCUGCAAGAACUACGAUGGUGACGUCCAGUCUGACAUAGUUGCUCAAGGAUAUGGUUCAUUGGGUCUCAUGACAUCAGUCCUGAUGUGCCCUGAUGGCAAGACACUUGAAGCAGAAGCGGCCCAUGGAACUGUUACAAGGCAUUAUAGGAUGCACCAAAAGGGGCAACCGACAUCGACUAACCCCAUAGCUUCAAUUUUUGCCUGGACAAGAGGUCUGAUGCACCGGGCGAAACUUGACAAUACGCCCGAACUUGCAAAAUUUGCCGAACGCCUCGAGCAAGCAUGUGUCGAGUGUGUCGAGGGUGGGAAGAUGACAAAAGACUUGGCUGGCUGUAUACACGGGCUUGCCAACGUUAAGGAGGGAAUGUAUCUCAACACAGAAGAUUUCCUCACGGCGAUCAAGGAGAAGCUUGCAAGCAAACUUGGGUAAAUAUUCAAUCGAUAAAAAUACAUCAAAAAUCUCAUUACAAACGAGCCUUCGAAUUGAAAUAUUUAUUGUUCCUCUCAGUACAAAUGUGAUAUUUAACAUAAUGCACACCUAAUAAAUGGAUUAUACAAAAAAAAAAUAUAUUUUAGAUAAAUUGUGCCAUACCGUCAAAUUCUACAAUGUUAACCACUAAUCACACUUUUACAAUGUAAUAUGUGAUCAUUUAGGUCUACGA